CCUUCUAGCUGGGGAGCUGGGGGAGGAGGGGAAUAGGGAAGGGACUGGAGGACUGAGGCAGCGGUUCCGGGGAGCCGGCCGGAGGAGGUAGGGGUGGGCGGGCCAAGUCCUCCGGCUGUUACUUGGUGGACCGCGCCUGCCUGUUUUCCUCCGGAGCCUGCUCCCUCCGCGUCCUGCUCCUCCCAUCAGCACCCAGAUUUCCCGACAGCUUCCAGUCCCCACCCCGCACUCCCCUCAGCCCUUGACCUCGGGCCUGCGCCUGCUCCCCAACUUUGAAGCUCAUCCUCCAUUGCCCCUCCUUCCGUGCUUCGCUUCCUCGUUUCUCUUCUGUACCCUGCGCCCCGCUCCUCCUCGCCUUCCUUCCAUAAACCUGGAUCGCCAAGACUCGGGUCCCCGAGCCUGCAUCACCCCCUCUCCAAAAAACAAAGACCUCCCCCCGCCCGCCCAGACCCCACCACAACAAACACAGUCCACCAACACACAACGCGCACAAAAGCCACGGGCUGGGGAAGCCGAGGGCGCGCUUUGCCCCCGUGUCGUCGAGAACCCGAGGCCAAGGUCCUAUGUUGACUCGUUGAGACAAAUAUAAAUAAUGGCCUUCUACAGUUAUAAUACAGUGUCAGCUAUUGCUCGAGCAAGAUUCCCUAGCCAUUUUGUCCAUCCCAGCAACUCUCCUUACUCCCCAUCAUUUGCAUUUCUCCACUUGCCAGAUUCCCGUUUAAAUAAAAUACACGUGAAGAACUUAGGAAGCAUGAAGUACUCCUGCCCUAGUCAGUCAGGCAAUAAGGUACUUCACUUCCGAACUAGAAUUACACAGAAGCUGCACACAUCUACUUGCUGGCUACAAGAGGUCCCCGGUAAACGUCAGCUGGAGCAAACCGCAAAAAAGCCACAGGUGCCAAGCCCUCAGCCAACAAAAGACACGGGCAAGAAGAUUAAGGAGGAAAAGCGAUCUUACAGACAAAUAAUUACGGAUGAACUUAAAUAUUAUCACAAUGGAUUCUAUUUGCUUUGGAUUGACACCAAGGUUGCUGCCCGGAUGGUUUGGAGGCUGUUGCACGGACAGGUGCUGACCAGACGAGAGAGACGAAGGCUGUUGAGAACAUGUGCUGAUUUCUUCCGCCUGGUUCCAUUUUUGGUGUUCAUCAUUGUCCCCUUCAUGGAAUUCUUAUUACCAGUGUUUCUGAAACUCUUCCCAGAGAUGUUGCCAUCAACUUUUGAAAGGGAAUCCAAAAAGGAAGAAAAACAGAAAAAGAAAAUGGCUGCAAAGUUGGAAAUGGCAAAAUUCCUCCAAGAAACAAUCACAGAAAUGGCGAGGAGGAACAGGGCCAAGCUGGGGGAUGCCUCUACCCAGUUCUCAUCCUACGUCAAACAGGUCCAGACGGGCCACAGGCCCAGCACGAAGGAGAUAGUCCACUUUUCCAAACUCUUUGAGGAUCAGCUGACCUUGGAACACCUUGACCGGCCUCAGCUGGUCGCCCUUUGCAAACUGCUAGAACUGCAGUCCUUUGGAACCAACAAUCUGCUCCGCUUUCAACUCCUGAUGAGACUGAAGUCAAUAAAAGCAGAUGAUGAAAUAAUUGCCAAGGAAGGGGUGAGUGUUCUGAGUGUGUCAGAACUGCAAGCCGCCUGCAGGGCCCGAGGGAUGAGGUCGCUGGGUCUCACUGAGGAGCAACUGAGACAACAGCUCACAGAGUGGCAGGACCUCCACCUGAAGGAGAAUGUCCCCCCUUCUCUUUUGCUCCUGUCUCGAACCUUCUACCUGAUAGACGUGAAGCCAAAGCCAAUUGAGAUACCUCUCAGUGGGGAGGCUCCGAAGACGGAGAUUCCUGUAGGAUCACCCACUUCCCCUGAAUCUAAAGAGAACGUGGUGGGGUUAGCACCUCAACUGAACGGAACUAAGGAUGAAGAAUUGAUACAACUCCCACCAGUGACAUCACCACCCACACCACUAUCAAAGCCUAUUUCAUUACCUAAAGGAUCCAUCACCUCUGCUAAAGAAGCUGCCAAGUCACAAAAGACAACCCAGAGCAGCAAGUCUAGUUCAAAAGGAGCCUAAGGACUACUGGAGGAUGAAGCUCCCUCUCUCCAGCCUCCUGACCUCAGCAGUGGCCUCCAGAAAGGACCGAUGUCCCAGCUAAGACUGCUGUCUCUGGUCUGAGACAGAAGAUCAGCUGUUUAGUCCUUGGGGCAGCCUUUCUGAGGUCUCGCAACCAUUCAGAUGACGUCAGCAGCGAGCCCAAGCUCAGAGCACUUGGAAAACGAUCAUCACAAAGUCCAUUUGCUCUGUAGCAUCAGGUCAUCCCACUGGCCCUUGGGUGAAGCCCACUCGCCAUGUUCUUUUUGAACAGCUGCAUGUCCUUCAAGGGAGGAAGUUUUCUGCAUAGUGGAAUCAGCUUGGUGACCCCAAGGUCACUUGGAAACUCCAAAAGCCAGUGACUGUGAGAGCACCUGACUGGCCUUUUCAGUGACACAUCAGCGGGGACAGUGCCCUGGAAACAAAGCAGCUUGUGAGAUGGGAUGGAUAGAACUCCGCGGUCAGGCCUUCUUGGAUAUAAAGAAGAAAAAGCUUCUUGGAGAAGAAAGUGGGGCGCCAAACAGACUGGCAGUCACAAAGACUUGGCUGCUCUGAGACAUUCCCUCCCAGGCCUGCAGGUUCCCAGCCUGUGGGAGCCUGGGAGCUGCCACUGCUCUAGCUCACGUGGCUUCCAUCAGCCUCCAUCUUGCUAGGAAACGUAAUUAAGGGCUUAAGACUUAACCAUUUGUCUGUGCUGGGUGUGUGUUUUUCCUGGUCUGUUUGUCUCUCACAAACAAGACUCUUUGUUAGUCAUUGGGCUGGUUAGAGUCGGAUGUAAUCCUUCCACUACCCAGUAACAAGUAUUACGUUCAGAUAUUUUCUGUUGGGUGUCUUCCGUGCUGUCAAUACUGAAAAAAACCUAAUAAAUAGAUCACCACGCAGCUGA